ACUAUCAAUAAUAAAUACACGUUUCAAUAAGUUUCAGUUUAUAUUUCUUAAGCAAGUAUUAGAAGCCUCAAAAUGGAUCCGGCUAAACUAAUUGGAAAAGUGAAGGAGAUGGUGCGCAUGGAGCACAAAUCCCGUAGCAAUUAUCCUGUUGUAUGGACAAAAGUUGCCGAGGCUGAAACGAAUAAGUUUUAUCAUCAGGACGAAAUUGACAAGCAGCUGAAGGAGAAACAAACUCUUCAAGAUGUCUGUCCUUAUGAGCAUGAUGGCAAGGGCGAUGCUCACUUUAUUUCACCACAAAUGCACAAGAAUCUUUUGGAGAUUUGCCGCUGUGGUCGACCACGACGUGGCAUCCACAUGGGUAAAUGUUUGCAACGUGCAAUCAAUCCACACUUGCAACAGAAACCCGGAGAAACCAAAGAAGCUUUUGUUGUGCCGCGCACUUCGAACUCUACUAUAGGUUUGCGCAGCGCUGCCUACAAGAAGUUGGAGCAGUCAAUGCAGUACGUUUCCCCCACUUACUCUAUGCCGGGUCCUCGCGUCACCGCCGCACCCUAUAAUGUCAUAAUUAUAGGCUAAGAAUAUUAAAGCACAGCAGACUGAAGUAACAGUUUAUACAGCAAUGAGUAACACAUCGAGCUGA